AUGGGGUAUAAACGCAAUUUUGAGUAUAAAGUGGCAAGCAACAUUAAAAGUGACCCCAAGAGUUUUUGGAAAUAUGUGAGAGGGAGGACAUCUACCAAGGACAGUAUCGGGCCACUAACUGACGAUUCUGGUACUGUGAUAACAGAUAACAAACACAUGGCAAUGAAAUUAAAUGACUAUUUUGUAUCUGUGUUUACUGUCGAGAAUACGUUGAACAUCCCUGUGCCCAUACGAAAGACCCCACAAGGAGAGAAUACUGUGCUAGACCAUGUCAUCAUCAGUCAGGAAGCUGUAAAGACCAAGUGUUUAAAUCUAAAGCCUGACAAAGCACCUGGAGGGGACAAGAUUCCACCUAGAGUUUUAAAGGAGGCUGCAGAUACUAUAUGUGAACCGUUGCAUAUGAUUUUCCAACACAGCCUGGUCAACAGCUACAUCCCGGAGGAUUGGAAAGACGCCAACGUUACGCCCAUCUUUAAGAAAGGUCCCAGAGAUCGACCGUGCAACUACAGACCAGUUAGCCUGACGUCCGUGGCUUGCAAGAUCAUGGAAGCAUUGUACAUUGACGAUAUUGACGAUACAGUGACGAGUAGUCUCUCCAAGUUUGCGGAUGACACCAAGCUAUUUGGAAGUGUCAGUGCUAAGUCCACAAGCUACAAGGCGAUCUGA